ACAGAGCAUUAGUCAUUCCUACACAGAUUGCAGUUGCACCGAGAAAGAAUCUCGCGGCUGCUGGUCCCAGAGCGGCAGAGCGCCUCGUCAGUGGCAGAGACGGUUGAAGCGGACGGCAGAGAUGGUUUGGUAGCGCUUCCGCCGUCCAAGGUCCUGCGGCGGGUGUUGCUGCGGGAGGCAUCGGUGGCGUGCGGCGUGCAGUUGGGGUCGCUCUCCGGCCUUCUGGCUCAGCCCUUCGUCGGUCACGUGAGCGAUCGUCGCGCUGGUUCGCUCGGCCACCGCCGGCCCUUCGUCAUCGGCUGAUCCAUCUCCAUCGGUCUUUAUGUCAUCUUGAUCGGCUACUUCUACGACAUUGGCCGCAUUCUCUGCAACUCCUACGGUAGGGAGACACGGUACAGGGCGAUUGCGGUUUGCUUAGUAGGGUUCUGGCUGUUUGGUGCGGGGAACAACACCACACAUGGUCCGUGAAGAUCCCUUGCUGAUCUUACAGGGGCAUUUUGAAUUUGGCGAUUGUGAUACUGCAGAACCGGAAUAUAUUUGCAUUAGAGGCCUUUUAAUGCCAGCGCUUCAAACAUCUGCACUUGACUUUUUAUGAAGAACUAACUAUUAUUGAUUACAAGGAUUGAGUCGAUGAGACAUUCUAUGAGAUGGUGGAAAGAAAGUGCCUAUCAGACGCUUGUAUCUGUUGGAAGUGGGCCUUUGAAUCAGUUAUUUGGCUGUGGCAAUUCACUAGCCUUUGCUGUAGGAUCACUUGCAGCUUUUGUGAGUGAACUUGUGGCAAUUGUUGGCCUAGCUCCUCAAUUCAUUACUAACGGACCUACCACUAUUCUACAAAGGGGUCAAAGUAAGUAUUUUUAAAUUUUAUUAAGUCCACCUAAAUUGCUGAAUGAUAGCUUUUGUUCACUAAACCAAUGUAUGUUCUGUUUCUGUUUCUUCCUUAUUGAAAAUUCACUCUUAAUUUUCUAGUUAACUCUUUCUAAAUCCCAAAAGUUGCAAUGGCAAAUUGUUCCAAAGUUGAGUGUCAGAGUGUGAAAGAAUAUAAUAUUUAAUCAUUGAUUGAUGGAUGGAUAUCAAAUUUUAUUUUAACUUGUUUCAAAGAUUGACCUAAAUUCUACCAAUGGCCUGAACUCAGCCAAAAGGAUUAAGUGGUAUAUGGUGAGUUACAUUUAGGUUUAAAUACCGAUAGCAGUGUUUGGUUUUAACCCAAUGGAAGGUACAACAAAUAUAUAAUGUCUGGUUGCCUUGUAUUUUAAUUUUAGAAAUGUGGAUACUUUGUUCUUAUUGUUACUGGUGGAAAAAAAUAUCAUGUGAGAAAUGGUAUAACAUGUUUUAUGGCUGAACAUAAUAUACUAAGAAAGUAUAAACAACCAAGGUUCAAAAUCGGUCUUUGACUGGAGUGAGACUAUUUUGGUACCGUGUUGAUGUUCCUAUAUAUGGUGUGCUAGUGGCGAAUUGGAGGAAGGAGGAAGAAAAUGAAAAAAAAAAUAGAAUUAUUAAAUUUAAAUUUUGUUUUUCAAUGGUACAGUUUUGAUAUUAUCUUAUAUAGAAACAACAACAACAAUCAAGCUUUAUCCCACUAGGUGAGAUAUUAUCUUAUAUAGAAUCAAGUUAAAAAAAUAACAAUAUUAUUUUAAUUCACCUUAAUCUGCUUCAUAAAUGCAAGAGGUGUCAAACCUCAAACGUUGAUAUAAAAAUAAUAAUGAUUUGACACAACUAACACAUGAACUAUUGUCAGUGUCGAGUAAUAUCAAGUUUUGGGGAUUUAAUUUUAAACCAUGUACACAAUUUAUGGAUCCCUUUCCUAUGCAGGAAAUAGAGAGUGAUAUAACAAGUUAAUUAGAUCAGCAUUAUAACAAUCGCAUGCACUUAGUACAUACUAAGAUGAAUAAAUUCUUGCUGAUCACUUAACCAUAAGCAUAGUUUUGGGGGUAUUUAUAAUUGAGAGUCUUUUUAACAGUUAAGAUAGACAUACAGUAAGUGGUCGUAGAUAUGAAUAAAUCUAUGCCUUUGAUUGGCCAUAUUAGGUUUAAAUUGCUAUUGAAGUUCUUGCAUUAGCAUCCUUGCAUGUGUUCCAUCAUGAAGAUUUUGCCUGUAUUUGUCUUAAUAUGCUGGUUUUUGUUGGCAAAGAUCACCUUUAAGAUAUAUAGUCCCUUCUAUUUCUGCCGCGUGGACUGCCACAAACCCAAUUAUGGGAGGCAAUCUUUGUUUUCAGUCAUUUUACAAAGUUAACAAAUACUUCAAUUCUGACGCCAAACAAAAUAAUAGUUCUCAAACUUAUAAUAUAGGAGGAUCAACACUAAAGUAUUGACCAGGUUCUCCACUGCAUAAGUCCUGCAAAAAUAUCUGCGACCUUUGCAUUUGAAAAGUCAAAUAGCCAUCACUGCUUUGUUGUAUGCUCCAUUGAGUAAAUGUUUUAUCAAGUAAAAUUCAAGUUAGUGUUUCAUUUGAUCAAAUCUUUUUCAUUCUUCGUUUUUGAUGAUUGAUAAAAGAAUGCUGAUUUGCUACAGCAUGUCAACACGUGACUGGCGUUUCUAAGAUUUGUCGUUCUUGGUUUAAUCGUCUCAAUUACAUUGAGAUGGCAUGGAAUAAUUGGGGAUUCUGCUCUGGAAUUUAUUAUUUAUCAUCGCGCCUACAGAAGUUUUUAUGGGUAAUGGGGCAAAUGCAACGACUCCAGCCCAGUCGUUGGUGACCAUUAUUCCUUGCUACCAUAGAGCACUGUAGAGGAAGAGAAUUGUCAAAAUAAAGCCUCAUUACAUUCUUUAUGGUAUUGCCUACAUUAUUAAUGUGAUAAAGCCUCGAAAUAUACUUGUAAAUUUGUCUCAAAUUGCAUUCCUUGUAUAAAUUUCCACUAUAUUAAAUUCUGCAUCUCUUUGUCCUCAUCCUGCUUCUCAUUUAUAUGUUACUUGAAUAGUUUCUUUUUUGUGCAGCACAACAGUUUAAGUUUUGGUGAGUUGCUCAAGAAUUUGUAAUUCAUUAAAUAGCUAAAAUUUACUUGGUUUUACUUUGUGUCAUGUCUUUGUUGGAUUGGGACUGAUCUGUUUUCUCAUCUUUAUUGUCGAUGGAGUUGGAUGAGACAUGACGGCUAUUCUGUACUGAGCCAUAUAAGGUCAGUCCCACAUCUACCAUGAAGCCUGUACUGAUGACAUUUCCUGUUGACCUUUCCAUCCAGGUCUGUAGCCACAUCUAAUAAACGUGACAGCGAAGCCCAGCAGUGCCAACCUUAAGCUAUGGAAUUGGAAGAAGGAUGAAGACAAAGGCAGUCAAAUUUACAUACCGUAAUCCACAUGUAGGGUGUGUUUUGUUCCUCCACAGGCCUGCAGACUGCAGUUGAGCAGUGGAUGGAGGAGGGAGAAUGAUGAGAUAAGACAUGUCGUCUUGAAUUGGAUGGAUGGUGCACGCGGAAAAGUAAAACUUUCGAAGAGUUGGAAAGCAUCAGGUGCGCUGCUGGUUUCCAAACACAACUCGCAGUUGGAACUUGGAAUUGAUCGCCAGUACGACGACACGAUGGGAUUGAGCGUGUCAGGAGCCGUGAGUGUGGAAAAAGCAGCAGUCCGCGGAGAGGAGAAGCUUUGACCAGCUACCGUCGGCAUCCGUCGACAGGUUAUUGACAUCAGGGUUUAACCGGUUAAGCCGGUAUCGGGUCGACGUAGAGGGGAGUUCGUGGGCCAUAUCGGCGGUGAUGAUCGACCGACGCGUGUGCGUGGCUCGCAGAGCCUUCCUCCACUGCUCCUAUUUAAAAGCCCCCCUCGCUGCUGCUCCCACCCUCCCUCCCUCCAUUGCCAUUUCGAAGAAGCAGCCAACGGCUAUUGCAUUCCUUUCUUCUCAGCCAUUACCGCGCCGCCGUCGACGACCUCCAUCGAGCUCUGAGAUGUGCAAUCUUACUUCUACUUCAUAUCCCAAGUCUAACCUUUUGGCAAGCCAUGACGAUCUUCGCCGCCAUCCCACGCUCUCCGAGUUGGCGGAGGAGAUGCGGGCGAUCGGGAAGAUCUCGGUGCCGGCGGCGGUCACCGGCCUGAUGCUCUAUUCGCGCGCAAUGAUCUCGAUGCUUUUCCUUGGGUAUCUCGGCGAGCUGGAGCUCGCCGCCGGAUCGCUGGCGAUCGGGUUUGCUAAUAUCACUGGUUAUUCUGUGCUGUCGGGACUGGCGAUGGGGAUGGAGCCCAUCUGCGCUCAGGCCUUCGGCGCCGAUCGGCGGCGGCUCCUUGGCCUCACCCUCCAGCGCGCCACCCUGCUCCUCCUCUGUGCCUCCCUCCCCAUCGUCUUCCUCUGGCUCAACGCCCGCGCUAUCCUACUGCGGUGCGGGCAGGACGAGGAGAUCGCCACGGUGGCACAGGUGUUCGUCGCCGCCGCCUCGCCGGAUCUCCUCUUCCUCUCAUUUCUCCACCCGCUCCGCGUCUUUCUCCGUGCGCAGAACAUCACCCUCCCGAUCACCUACUGCUCCUCCUUCUGCGUCGCGCUCCACUGCCCCCUGACGUACCUCCUAGCAGUCCGCCUCCGUCUCGGCAUCGCCGGAGUGGCGGCCGCCAUGGUGUUGACCAACCUCAACUUCCUUGUUUGCCUUCUCCUCUUCCUCCUCUAUUCAGGCGCCUGCCGCGACACGUGGCCCGGCAGCGGGAGCAUCCUCUCAGGCGAGUGCCUCCGCGGGUGGCCGGCUCUGCUCCGCCUGGCAGCACCGUCCUGCGUCUCUGUCUGCCUCGAGUGGUGGUGGUACGAGCUGAUGAUCCUCCUCAGCGGUCUGCUCGCGCAUCCUCGCGCCGCCGUCGCUUCCAUGGGCAUCCUCAUCCAGACCACCUCCCUCGUCUACGUCUUCCCCUCCGCGCUCAGCUUCGGCGUCUCCACCCGCGUCGGCAACGUCCUGGGCGCCAACCGCCCCACCAAGGCCCGCGCCGCCGCCGCCGCCGCCCUUGCUGCCGCCCUCGCCCUCGGCCUCGCCGCCACCGCCUUCACCGCCUCCAUGCGCCACCAGUGGGGCCGCCUCUUCACGCGCGACGCCGAAAUCCUCCACCUCACCUCCCUCGCGCUCCCCAUCGCCGGCCUCUGCGAGCUCGGCAACUGCCCGCAGACCGCCGGUUGCGGCGUCCUCCGCGGCAGCGCGCGGCCGGCCACCGGCGCCAACAUCAACCUCGGCUCCUUCUACUUCGUCGGCAUGCCCGUCGCCAUCCUCCUCAGCUUCGUCGGAAAGAUGGGCCUGCCGGGGCUGUGGCUGGGACUCCUGGCGGCGCAGGCCGCCUGCGCCACCCUCAUGGCCUGCGCCGUCGCCAGAACAGAUUGGGCGGCGGAGGCAGAGCGCGCCAGAGAAUUAACCAACUCUUCUUCUUCUCCAACUCUUCCUAUUACUAAUUCCAAUGGCACAAUUCCAAUCACCACAAUAACUACUGCUCUGUCUCCCAACUCCAUGGAAGCCGAGAAGAAGAAAAAGACCACCACAACACUAGAAGACAUUCUAUCCAUCAUUAACGCUGAUGCUCCAGAAACAGCCCCCCUCAUUCUCCCUGUGGAUUAAAUUCUUCUCCAUUUUUAUUUUUUUUGGGUUUUGUAAUCACGAUAUGUUUUGCUAUUGUAUCUAAUCCCUCUGCUAUUUUUUUUUCUUGCCUUUCUUUUUUUAAUGGAUCGAGGAAAAUGUAAUUAGCGGUAAUGAAGUAACGGGGAAGAACAGAGACAGCUACUCCAUAAAAGCUACCACUUUAGAAGCUGUUCACUUAUUGGAAAGCAGAUGCAUCACUUCUAGCAUUCAUUGCCUUUGUACUUUGGUUUUUAAUCUUUCAUCCAAUUAACCAGUCCCCCGGACCUGUUUGUUUGUUUCCUUUGAGGAUUCUUGCUUAGGAACAAUCAAAGCUAAAGAUUUGCCUGAAAUCUAUAUAUAAUUCUGAUAAUUGUUGGUUGUGUUUU